ACCUGGGGGAGCUCCGUGGUCCGGAUUCCGGGGUGGAGGACAGUCGCUUCUCUCGAAGGACCUGAAAACUCCCGGUAGCCACAGGUGCCACGUGGGGUGUCCUGGGAAAGUCACAGUCACAGCGCAGUGGCGGGAACCGCAGCCCGGCGGCCCUGGAACCUCCCAGGAGGAAUUAGAAUGCCUCAACUCUGCUCUCAGGGCUCUUUACAAAGAUCUCCUGUUGGAGAAGUACAACAGUCUGGUCUCUGUGGGUCUCCCACUGCUCAGCCAGUCCUGCUCAGCUGUGAAUCAGAACAAUGAGCCCUGGAUGGAGAAGAGAGAGGAGACAAUAGCAAAGGAUCCAGCUUUUUACUUUUGACACCUUGAUGUGAAAUGUCAAAAAGAGUUCCAGUCUUUGUUCCUAAGAACCUCAGAGAAGAGCAACAGGAAGAAUGGAUGAUUCUCCUGUAAAUGCACCCCAGGAUCUGUUGACAUUCAGGAAUGUUGUUGUGGACUUUUCCCCAGAGGAGUGGGAAUGUCUGGACUCUUCUCAAAGGGCUCUGUAUAUGGAUGUAAUGUGGGAGAAUUACAGCAAUCUAUUUUUUAUAGAAAACCAUUGCAUAUGUGGUAAAUACGAGAAGUUCUUGGAUCAAGACUCAAAACGUAUUGUCCAUCAGCAUGUAAAUAUCCAAGAGAAGUCUUACAAAUGUUAUGAGCUUGGGGAAAUGAUUCAUGAAUCCUCCCAGGGUAUACCUUAUAACACAAGUGAUACUACAGAAAACUUCAAGGAGUACAGAAAUGAUAACCACAGUGACUCCUCUACUGAAUCAUCAGAUCCAAGGACACAUAAAAGUGGGAACACUGCAGAAGAACAAUGUAAAUAUAAAGAUUAUGGGGAGUGUUUAAACUUGUGUCCCAUCAUUAGCCAAUAUCAGCGAGUACACACUGGAAAGAAAGAACACAAAAAUAGAGAGUAUGAUGAAUUUUUUGACUCUAAACAUAAACUAAAGAUGAAACAAAUCCACAGUGCAGAGAAACCAUACCAAUGCAGGAAAUGUGGAAAAUGUUUCAGAACCUAUUUGAGCCUCAGUAGACAUCACAGAAUUCAUCCUGGAGAGAAACACUAUAAAUUUACAGAAUGUAAUAAAUCUUUCCUGUAUUUGUCACAUCACAAAGUACAUUACAACAUCCAUUAUGGAGAAAAACCCUACAGAUGUACAGAAUGUGGUAAGUGCUUUUAUCAUUCAUCAAGUUUUAAAAGACGUUUCAGAAUCCACACUGGAGAGGAGACUUACAAAUGUAAUGAUUGUAAAAAACCCUUUACCUGCUGCUUAGGUCUUAGAAAACAUCAGAAUAUUAACGGAGGAGAGAGGCCUUAUAAAUGUAAACAAUGUAGUAAGUCCUUCUAUACAUUGUCACACCUUGAGUACCAUUAUAGAACCCACAAUGGAAAGAAACUUUACAGAUGUAAUGAAUGUGGAAAAUUCCUCUCCACCUCCUCAGGUCUUCAAAGACAUCAACGAAUUCAUACAGGAGAGAAAGCUUAUGUAUGUGGUGAAUGUGACAAAUGCUUUAUCCAGAAAUCCCAACUUAAAACACAUCAAAGAAUUCACACAGGAGAGAAAACUUACAAAUGUAGUGAAUGUGAGAAAUCCUUUACUGUUGGCUCCUCUCUUAGAAUACAUCAGAGAAUUCACACAGGAGAGAAACCUUACAAAUGCAGUGAAUGUCACAAAUGCUUUAUCCAGCAAGCCCACCUUAGAAGACAUCAGAAAACUCAUACAGGAGAGAAACCUUACAAAUGUAGUGAAUGUGACAAAUCUUUUACUGUUGGCUCAGAUCUUAGAAUGCAUCAGAAAAUUCAUACUGGAGAAAAACCUUACAAAUGUAGUGAAUGUGACAAAUGUUUUAUCCAGAAAGCCAAGCUUAAAAAACAUCAGCGAAUUCAUACAGGAGAGAAACCUUACAAAUGUACUGAAUGUGACAAAUCCUUUACUGUUGGCUCAGAUCUUAGAACACAUCAGAAAAUUCAUACUGGAGAAAAACCUUACAAAUGUAGUGAAUGUGACAAAUGCUUUAUCCGGAAAGCCAACCUUAGAAGACACCAGAGAAUUCAUACAGGAGAGAAACCUUACAAAUGCAGUGAAUGUGAGAAAUGCUUUAUCCAGAAAGCCAAUCUUAGAACUCAUCAGAGAAUUCAUACAGGAGAAAAACCUUACAAAUGUAGCGAAUGUGGGAAAUCCUUUACCGUUGGCUCAGACCUUAGGAAGCAUCAGAAAUGCCAUACUGGAGAAAAACCUUACAAAUGCAGUGAAUGUGACAAAUGUUUUAUCCGGAAAGCCCACCUUAGAAGACAUCAAAGAAUUCACACUGGAGAAAAACCUUACAAAUGCAGUGAAUGUGAAAAAUGCUUUAUCCAGAAAGCCAAUCUUAGAACGCAUCAGAAAAUCCAUACAGGAGAGAAACCAUAUAAAUGUAGUUACUGUGAUAAAUGCUUUAUCCAGAAAGACCAUCUUAGAACACAUCAGAGACUUCAUACAGGCGAGAAACCUUACAAAUGCAGUGAAUGUGAGAAAUCUUUUACUGGUGGCUCAGUUCUUAGAAAACAUCAGAAAAUUCAUACUGGAAGAAAUCUUACCAAUGCAAUGAAUUUGACUAAUCCCUUAUCCAGGAAGCCCACCUUAGAACUCAUCAAAGAAUUGAUACAGGAGAGAACGCUUAUAAAUGCAAUGUAUAUGGCAAACUCUUUACCUGUCCCUCAGGUCUAAGAAAAUAUCAGAAAAUACAUACUGAAGGCAAAAGUUUACAUAGUAAGUAAUACAGCAUAUGCUUUAUCAAAACUCUGUCCUUUUGGACCACCACAGUAUCCACACUAGGGAAUCAUGUACACGAGAAAUGUGUGAAAACAUUUGAGUUAUUUCUGAGUCUUAGGGAGAAAAAAAUGUUCAGACUUAAUACUGAGGAAAAAUUCUGCAAAUGUGACAUUGUAGGAACUUUUUCAUUAAGAUGUUUUACCUUCUCACCUUCAAAUACUUCAUAAUGAAUACAAAAUGGAGAAGCCUAAAGAAUGUGCUGUUGUGUAGCAAUUUUGUGGAGACAAGCAUUCCAUCCUGUAGGGAAGCUAAAUAAGACAGGAAAUAAACCACUCAAAAUAGCUUCCAGAACUGAAACUGUCAAGUUUCACUAUGCUUAAUUCCUUUGAAGAAACUUAUACCAGUCUUGCUGCUUAGAAGAGGCUUUGAUGAAUUGAGCCAUUAAAAUACAUUGUCCUUUAACAUGUAGAUAUAUCUGCAGGUGUGUGGUAUGUUGUGGGUGUCCAGUGUUAAAAAGCUGUAUUUCAUGCUGACUUGGAGUUUUAUUAUGACAACUGUCUGAGUAACUUUCGCUGUUAUAAGCAACUCCAGUCUCAUAUUUAUAUAAGUAGCCCCAAUAAAGCCCAUUGGUUCAGUGAGUUGGAUUUCAGAGGCAAGCAUACUUGGUUCUGUUGUCAGUUUCCAUUUUGGCUGAGUGGGUACAUAUAAAUGUUGUGUCUUCCCAGGAAAGGUUUCAUAUUGUAUGUACUGAACCCAUUAAUUGUUCCUCCAAACUUGUACACCAGAAAAUCAAUGUUAGAUAUCAUUUGAGUCAACUAAAGUAGGGAGGAUUGUUUUGCUCACUGCUCCAGGCUUACUACUACAGUAGUACAUAUUCCCAUUGAAAGGGCUCAACACAGACAAAAUAUAGAGGCUUGGAGAGCCUAAGAACGAAGGUCACUCUCUUCCUUGCAUUCAAGGAGGAGAGUGAGUGGUCUGCAGUGGGACAAAUGAAAAUAUGGGUACAAACCUGUGUUAUUGACAGACAUCAUCCAAAAAAUGGGCUGUGUCUAUGCAUUGCUCUGAAAUCAUGUUUAGACUCUAUCAUUCAUUCAAACUCCAAUGACCUUCAGAAGACUACUGUUCACAGGUAAAUACUCAACAUCAUUUUGCUAUCCUCAUGUCCUGUUUUACCUUAGAAAUUCCACUCUAUAAAGCCUCAACAAAUGAAUUGAAUCCUUUUGUUAAAUCCUUUACACAAUACUAAUAAUGUAGACAUAUCAGAAAAUUUAACAUUAAGUAAAACUUAAGAAAAUACUUCAAUAAAGACAUAUAGUCAGCUUAAUUUCAUAUGAGUCCAUCCAUACAAAUACCGAGACUGUUUAAAGAGAUGACCUAUGAGCAAGAGAUGCACAUACUCAUUUACAGCUUAGAAAUUCCCAAGAUUGUGCUGGAAGAUCAUUCUGAAGUACUGAAAAAAGAUGAAGUAUUUAGUCCAAUUUCAAAGUAUUAUAUUAAAAUAUUGACACUAACAACAGCAAGACUCAAAAUUUUAGACCUUAGAUAAGGCAAUGUGUUACAGUGGACAAACCAUACCAUUGUGUAAGUGUUUCAUGGAUUUUCAGUACAAGAGAAUAGUCAUAUUCAACUAAUGAAGUUUGAGAAAAUUUUGGUGUUUGUUGAAGCAUGAACUUAAAAGUUUAGUACAAUCUUGAGUAAAGUCAGGCUCCUGUUGACAAAACACCAUGUGAUAAUUUUGUAUCAAUUGCUGCUGUAUCAGGGCUGAUUAAUCUAAGACAGGAUACAGUGGAAACAGGCUUCUGGACUGGCCCUUAGCAAUCUGGAGAAUGCAACCAGCUGAACAGAUGUGUGGGAUAUCAAUUUGGGGAGGUCCAUGGAUCAUAAUGCCCCUUCUUGAUGACAUUAGAUGAUUAUUCUACCUAAUUCAUCAGAUUUCUAGGAUAAAUUUGUAAACUUGAGUACAAUGAAGAUAUCUUACCUCAUACCCCUUAUAUGAUAUUCUUUGUCUCAUUCUGUGCUCAUUUAUAAACACAGUUCUUAUGUAUGAUUGCAGCAAUACCUGGGAAGCUGGGUAGAGCAGAACCAGGACAGCCUGACAGCUAAAGCUGGUAGCCUGAACAGAGGUGGGACAGAUGGGUAUCAGUGGGACUGGGACAAUUGACUGAUCUAAGGAGUGACUGGAAAAUGAAGUAGAGGUUGUGUGGGCUUGGGAAAUUUAGCAGCAUUUGUGCAAGUGCAUGGUGAAGUCUAGAACCAGGGCAUCAUGGUCUGAAAAACCCAACAUUCCCAGAGAGACCUCUAGGAGCUACAUUGUUCAGAACCAAAUAGAAGACACAGAUGUCAUCUCCAUAUCUUGUAGGGACAGGAAAACUCUCAGUUGCAGGACACCCUGAGGUAUCUGAGAGAAUUAUCAGUCAGCAGUGCAGUGGGGGAAACUGCAGCCCAGUGGAGCUGCAGGGCUGGGAAACACAUGAGGAACCUAACCAGGGCUUAGACUAGUUUUUCUGCCACUGUACAGGAGGAUGCUGUCUCUCAAAUUCUGUUAUGGAUAUCUACCCAUGUCUGUAAAUGUUAGAUCAUAUGAAUUAGGAUUUAUCAAGAUUCUUUCCAUUUUUCUUUUGCUUGCAACAUAGUUACAUUUACAUUAACUCUUGUUUGCAAACAGGGUACUCAUGCUAUUGUGGCAAUUACAAAGCUCCUGGAAUUUAAAUUUAUCCAUGAUUUCUAACUCUGCCAUCUUUCCACCUGCCUAUUCAAGAGAGUGGAUUUUUCUCCUGGGAUUAGUAUCCCAGCAGUUAUUUAGAAAUUAGUCCCAUGACACCAGGCGGUGGUGUACAUCUUUUAUCCCAAUACUUGGGACACAGAGGCAGGCAUAUCUCUGAGUUUGAGGCCAGCCUG